UAUCUUGCCACCCUUGAAAAGUCUUACAGUCCUUGAUAUUGACCAACCUGCCUAUCUGGAAGAGAUGGCGAUAUUGAUAGAGCGCUCGCGAGACCGGCUGAGAGGACUAUACAUUGGUAUAGCCGUCGGGUGUAAGAAUGAGAAGUGGACAAGACCUUCAAAGACUCCCUCGCAGACUUUAGAGAAGUCAUCAGAGUGGCCAAAACCCGACGGACGGUGUCUUGGGGAUUCUCCAAGGUUCCGAACCAGAUUAGCGGCCCGGCUCUGGUAACGGAGACUCCAGUGCCUAGUGGUUAUCAGCAAGACCGACAAAUUCCGAAUCGUCAAAUCAUUUAUCCUCACCCCAAGGAGCCAAAGUUGCAGGUGUCGUGCAAUUACCAGAAGAACAAUCGAGCAUUUUGCAGGGCAG